AGAGUCUCUCCGGAGAGAGGAACGCAGAGCAGAUCCACAGAGCGAUAGCAGCGGAACAAACCGAGCACAAUACCGCAAGCAAAGCAAGGCGAAGCGACGCAGCUGCCCUGAAAUAUACUGCAUAACGACACCCAGCGCGACUUCAGAUUGUGAAAAUGAGCUGCAACACACGCGUAUCUUCUGAAAUGGCUAACGAAAUCGUCAGUGAGAUCUUCGAGUCAGGCUGCCCAAUGCUGGACGAGAGUGUGGAAAUUGAGCAGCCGCUGUGCGACAGUGGUCUGGAGUUGCGGGUGUCCGGCUAUGUGCGCUCCAUGAGUCAGGCAGUCACGCUGGUGCUGGCCGUGGAGAGGCUGAAGAGACGGUCGAGGAAACCCAUCGGGUCCGAGUUUUCCGACUUAGACCUGCUGAACAUUUUGAUGGAACACGUGAAUGAAGAACACGUGGAUCUGAAGGUGUUUCCCGACAAAGAAAGCUUUGCGAGGGAGCUGAGCCGGCGCCGCGCAGACGAGCCCCACUCGAUCUGUGACGCGGAGAAGAAGUCGUGGGUGCUGAACGAGCUGGACGGACUCCCCACGGAGCUGACAGCAAUGAUGCUGCAGGGUCCCAAUAUCUCACAGCAAGUGACGCUGAGCCUCUCCACCUACAUACCUCAGACCCAGCCCGGAGUGGGACAGCCCGUGGUUCUGGGCAUCGGGAGCAGUGAUCUCUUCCUGUCCUGCAGCGGCCCGGACGACUCGCCCGCCUUGGAGCUGGAGAUGGUGCAGGAUCGGGGCGAUUUGAAGACGAUCCACACGGGCAGCGCCACGGUCCGGUUCCUGUUUUACAAGCGGGACAGCGGCAGCACCUCCUCGUUCGAGUCGGCUCGGUUCCCCGGCUGGUUUAUCAGCACCGCUAGGAACGUGGAGCGCGUCAGAGUGACCAUGUGUAACGGGAGGACGACCGCCGGGCGCGUCACCGACUUCCAGGUGUCCCGCAUUUGACUGGACAACGGAGCGACUCGCACAGACCAAACCAAGAGUCAUUUGGUUUUAAAAAAUAUAUAAUGUAUGUACCAAGUACAUUGUUUUUUAAGAUAACGGUAAAUACUUUGGAGUUCGGCUAACAACAACAACAACACAAAAAGACACAUUUCUGAUUGAUUGAUUGAUUGAUUGAUUUUGCACCGGUGUGCAAUUUGUUUUCGGGAUGUACCAAGAUGGGAAGGAAGGAGAGGGGUGCUCCAGGUAUUAAUGUAAUGAAUUCAUAUUGAAUGUGAUCUUGCAGGAUGCCAUUAUAUCUUAAAUAACCGUCUGGAACAGUGCCCUAUGGACUGAUAUUUUAUAUUGUAGUUUGUUUGUUUAUUUAUUUAUUUAUUUAUCUAUCUAUGUAUUUAUUGUUAUUUGUAUACUGUUCUGUACAGUUUUAACUGAUUGUGGGCUGUGUUUCAUUGUUCUGUUCUCUGAUACUGAACCCUCAAAGUUACGAUUAUAUUUUCUAUUAGGGUAAUAAUUAA